AGGGCACUCCGAAAAAGUUCACAAGCACAGAACAAAGUACUUGUCAGCUGAUUAUCGACUUCCCCACCGAAUCAUCAACGAGUGGAAUUCAUUACCUCGACACGUGGUUGAAGCUCCAUCCGUAGAUUCUUUCAAAAGAAAGUUGGAUCAACUGAGAGAACACCAUUGCCAACACUAACACAGGCCAUCAAGCCUCCUGUCCUUUCCAAACUGAAACUGAAAGGUAUUGGAUACUGAAGAACGGGGAAGUUUGACUUUUGAGGGUUACUGAUCCACAUUGUUCUCACGUCGGAUUAGCUCUUGCCCCAAUAAGCUGUAGAUCAUAUACUCGUAGCGAUGCCGAUUGCUCCAAAUACAUAUGGGGGAGUUUCCCAACCAUCAUGUUUAGCCAAAGUAAAGUUUGGAUUUUUAAUGGGGUUCUGCGUUGGUGUAGCGACUGGUGCUAUAUUCGGCGGAUUCAGUUGUUUAAGAUAUGGUUUACGUGGACGUGAAUUAAUUCAAACGGUUGGCAAAGGCAUGUUUCAAGGUGGAGGUACAUUUGGCAUGUUUAUGGCUAUAGGAACUGCCAUCCGUUGUUAAUGAUUCUCUCAUUAGUUUGUUCACAUCUAAAUUCCAUGUAUGCCUUCUUCGAUCUGUUUCGUUCUUCUCAAAUGCAGAAAUGACAUGUAUCUACUAAUUUUCUAUAGUGUGCUAAUGAAGAGAAAACAAUACUUAGGUUUAGGAGUCAUAGUAUUUUACUAUCUACUUAUCUUUUCUUGUUCCGAACGUUGAUUCGUUUUUAUGUAUGACAAAAUGAUGACUGAAUUUAUAUGAUAUGAAAUAUUUUUUAAGGUUGCUGAUAAGUUUUUUUCAAUAAUCCAUGUACAUAUAUAUAUACAUUAAACCUUAGUGAUUAACGUCUCUUUUGUAUGCUUUUGAUAAAUACACUUCGGGAUAAGAUUUUCACAUGUAUGAUAUGUUCUGCGCCUCUAUUCUCGAGGCCAACUCUUAAUUAAACUGAAUAAGAAGAUAAAUAUUCUGAAAUCUUAAAACUGAACAAUAUAAUCUAAAAGUAUUCUGUACUUUUUAUUUAUUUUUUUUUGUAUAUUUAAACACAAACAUUAGUACAAGGAGGCACCAAAUA